AAAGAGAAUGCACAGCCUCCUUACCGCUUCCGGGUGAAAGGGAUGUUGUGAUUAGCUUCUGGCUAACGUGCAUUUAACAGCGUGUUGACGCGUUUUUUGUCAGGUUAUGCGUGUUGUGUAAAACACUUAGAAGACAAAUGUCUGCACCGUCCGUUCCUGGGCCAUCCAAUAUCAGGGAUUUAAAUCCAGCGACAGUCCCGACGAGUAAAGCUCAGACAGCAGCGGCGUUAGUUGCUCAAGCCCGUGGCAAGAAGCGAGCCGUCAGUCCCGCUUUACAUACAGGCCUGUCUCCAAAUAAUAACAGCAACAACAGCAGCAGCUGCAGCAAAAAGAGAAAAAUACAGCCAGUAGCGUCUACUCCUCAAGUACAGGUUGCUCCCGUGGAGGGGACUGUUGAAGGAAAAUCCGUGGGCGCUGUCGAUGUAGAAUCCCCUAAUAAAAUCCUGCCUUUUAAAAACCCCAACUUUGUGCACUCAGGUAUUGGUGGAGCAGCUGCAGGGAAGAAGAAUCGGACGUGGAAGAAUCUGAAGCAGAUUCUGGCAGCAGAGAAAGCACUGCCAUGGAAAAUCAAUGAUCCCAACUACUGUAGCAUAGAUGCGCUUCCUUCGAUGAAACCUGCUAAAAAGUACUCUGACAUCUCGGGUCUUCCUGCAAACUACACUGACCCUCAAACUAAAUUACGCUUUGCAUCGACAGAGGAGUUUUCUUACAUCCGCCAGUUACCUACAGAUGUGGUGACGGGAUAUCUGUCUCUCCGUAAAGCCAACUGCAUUGUACCGUGAGAGAGAAUACAACUCUCCCACACACAUACAUGCUGACUGACCACAGGGUGCUACAGUAUCUAAAGGACCUGCAUACUCAAUCAGACACUGAUCAUAUUCUGAUAUUUGUGGAUGUUUAUGGUUACCUUUAAUAGUGAAUAUGUUUGGCUACCGCAAUAUAAUAUACCCCUCUAGGGGUUCCUCUGUAGAGCUGGUUUGACCUAUGACAAACUUUUAAAUAAAAGUCUUGAGUUGGACAAAAUGUGAUUAUAUUAGAUAUUACACUAAUGGGCAAAUAAAAUGCAUUGUAGCUGAUUCCUUGAUAUAUUUUAUUUUGCUACCCUCCACCAGGAUUAUGAUGUAUCAAAUUAUACAUUAAAACAAAUUCUCACAUAUUCCUCUUCACAGGUGCAAACAAGAACCUAUUGCAAAUUAGAUCAUAAACUCAAUAAACAGAAACAGGUCCCUAAGGCACCCUCUGGUGGUUAAAAGGAACAAACCUCCACCCAAUUAGGAACAGCAUACAAUGUUUUGUCUUACCAUCUAUGAAUAAAGUCUUUGAUUUUAUGAUUUGUUUUGGAAGAAUGCUUCCUGGAGCUUGGCCACCUGUAGGAUGGCUCUUUAUCCAUGCCAAUAAGAGAGGCCAUGGUGGAGCUGAUCAAGAAGGCUUAACACCAGCUUUUUCCACCCUCCACAUCUGCUGGAGGUGUUGUUUUUUUGACGGUCCAGCUACUUGCAUUGGUGGCUACAUUUCUUUCCUUAUGCAUGAAGGUUCUUAUUAAUCCUGGUAUACACAGAAUGCCAUGUGGUAUUCCAUCAUUCACAAUGUGCUUGUUCCAAACCCAGGAUCAUUUUCAUGACUCUUUGAAGGUCAGAUAUCAAAAUGUAAUAUGGUAGGCCCCAGUGAGGAUCGAACUCACGACCCCUGGUUUACAAGACCAGUGCUCUAACCACUGAGCUAUGGAGCCUCACCUAACACCAGUCAAGCUUGUUUCCUUUUUGUUAGUUCAUACAUCUAGUCACACCUAAAUAUUUGGCUUGGCAGACAGCCCAAAGUUUCGAUGGUGUGAUAAAGUAGUUACAUCUUAAUGUGUGAACUGUAAGGCUCUUAUUUACACUCAUUCAGACAGCCUCUUGGGAUAUUGACCGAAGUGGCCA